ACAUUUAGAGGCUCUCUAUUGUUUGGUCCGCGGAUGGACUCCAGACUCCAUAUCGGACCGGUGGUUCCGACACCGGACCCGACCGGCAGCGUACCUUGGAAUAUCAGCUCCAUCAACCCGCACCGGCUCAUGGAGGUGUCUCCGGUGGCUCCAGCUAACCAGGACGCCUUUCCGACGGUAAACGUCCCUGCACAUGCCCACUACACCAUCGGCGUUGUCAUCCUGGCUGUAGGAAUCACAGGCAUGCUGGGAAACUUCCUGGUCAUUUACGCUUUCAGCAGAAGUCGGAGCCUUCGGACGCCGUCCAACAUCUUCAUAAUCAACCUGGCAGUCACCGACUUCCUGAUGUGUUUCACCCAGACGCCCAUCUUCUUCAUCACCAGCAUGCAUAAACACUGGAUCUUUGGGAAAAAAGGGUGCGAACUGUACGCUUUCUGCGGCGCGCUGUUUGGCAUCUGCAGCAUGAUGACACUGAUGGUGAUCGCAGUGGACCGAUACGUUGUCAUCACCCGGCCGCUGGCCUCUCUGGGAGUCAUGUCUCACAGAAAAGCUCUCUGCUUCGUGGCCGCUGCCUGGGUCUACUCCAUGGGCUGGAGCCUUCCGCCGUUCUUCGGCUGGAGUGCCUACGUCCCUGAGGGUCUGAUGACUUCCUGCUCUUGGGACUACAUGACCUUUACCCCUUCGGUGCGCUCCUACACCAUGUUGCUCUUUACAUUUGUUUUCUUCAUUCCUCUCUUCAUCAUCAUCUUCUGCUACUGCGGCAUCUUCAGAGCCAUCCGCCACACAACACGAGCGAUAACAAAGAUCAACUGUGAGGGAAGAAGAGACUCUGCAAAGAGAUUCCAUAAAAUGAGGAGUGAAUGGAAAAUGGCUAAAAUCGCCUUAAUCGUCAUUUUGCUGUUUGUCAUCUCCUGGGCUCCGUACUCCUGUGCAGCCCUCACUGCAUUCGCAGGCUACGCCGACUUACUGACUCCUUACAUGAAUUCAGUUCCUGCUGUGAUCGCCAAAGCUUCAGCCAUUCACAACCCCAUCAUAUACGCCAUCACGCAUCCGAAAUACAGAUCGGCCAUCAGCAGAUACGUACCAUAUCUGGGCAUGUUGCUGUGCAUCAGCGGCAGGGACCGCUACAGCAGCAGCAGCCUGCAGUCCACACGCCGAUCGACGCUCACCAGCCAAUCAGAGUGCAAAGGCACCGGCAGGCACCACACCUCGUCCCAGUCCGAGAGCGAAUCAGCGCACUUCUCGGACACCGAGGAGGACUGCUCGUCUCGGACGCCUGCCGAUCGUCUCUUGUCCGCUGAGGUGCGCCAUGCCAGCCAGAAAUCGAAGGUGAGUGGUCACAGCGCAGGAGCGUUUGAGAGAACCGCUGCCCUCAACCCCACUGACCCGGCCAUUUGUCACCUUUCACAGCUCACCACUCUGACAGAGCCUGAAGACAUCUGCAUGCUGGAGAUCAGCCGGCAGCCGACCAGCCGUCUGCCAGCCACUCUGGAUAGUAUAAUGAGGGAGCCCGGACUAAAGACGGUGUCCAAGAACCCGUCGUCCAUCGUCACCUCCAUAUCCACCCCGUCCAUCCUGCACAGUCCUCCCGGUUUCCACGGCAGCCUCAAAGUUGCCAAAACCGUCACUCCGGUUAGUAAGGAGCUGCUCGACAUCGCCAGACUGGAGACGACGGCGUUACCGUGAACAACUUGCAGUAAAGCCUAGUGUCUCCCUUCUGAGGAGUAACCUGUACCAGCAUGCUGUCUGAUUGUUAUGGUUCCCUUUGCAUGCAAUGAAAAUAUGUGAGCCUGAAUUCCCAGAAAAUUUGGGUGAUGUGUGUUUGAGGUGUAGGCAUGGGCCGGUCUAAAUAAAUCAACGCCACGGUUUUUAAAAGUCACUGAACUCGCCGUCUUGCUGUUGAAACUCUUUAAAGAGACACCAAGGGUCGUCUUGGGGUUUCUUUGUUUGUUUUCUAGAACGUCUGAGCCGCUUUCUCGCCCAGCUGUUGCUGCAACCUUCAGUCUUAAAGUCGUGUUUUUAAGAGGCGCUCCAAACAAGGUUUAUGGGCGUCGCCAUGUUGAAUUUCCCACUUCUAACUAGAACGCCGUUACCUCUGGUGUGACGUCAAAUCCACACCCAAAUUCAAGGUAACAGGAAUUAGCUGCUAGUCACUCGUCUUUGCUUUGCAGUGAAACAAAAAGAUUACCAUCACCGGCUUGGACAGUUUUUACCUUAAAUGUGUCUAAUUUCUUAUAAAAACUUCAGAAAAGAAUACAAAUUAAAGUCUAGUCAAGUCGCAAAGUGAUAGUAAAGACUCAUUUACAAUAAGUAGCUAUAAUCUUAUAAUGGAAAAUGUACAGGAAUGUUUAAUAAAUUAGAAUAAUUUUAAAAUUAAAAUGUUUUAAAUACCUCAAUUCACUAAGUGAAUAUAUAAUUAAUGUAGAUAUAGAUUAAUUACCAACAGAUUGAGGUUUUAAGCUUUUAUUUCUGUUACAGUUAAUGAAGAUUUGAAUGUUACAUCAGACCAAUAAAAAUUAACUUAAUACAGAAAUAUGGCCUUAAAGAAAAGUCUGUUCAAUAUCUGCUUAAAGGUUAUUUUCAAUCUGACAGAAAAUCCUCAUCAGAACUAAUUUAUUGAACUUUGCUGCGUCUUUCUGUGAUUUUAUAAGAAUACUUACAUUCCUAUUUUUAACUCGAAGCAUCUAAUUUAUAAUAUUUAUCUUUGUUUUAUUGUUUUUCUCAGUUCCGAUUAUUAAAUUAUGGUAUUUUUGUGCAUCAUCAAACACACCGGCCCAUGCCUCGUUUGCAGGAAGGUGUUGUUUUUUUUAUCAUUGUCAUUAAAGAUGAUUUACCUCAAAGCAGAAAGGAACAAAAUAGCCUUAAAAUCACUGUGUCAAGGAUUGUGGAAAUUUUUAUUUAAACUUGGAGUUAUUUAAUGAGUGAUGUAUUUCUCUACUAGUUUUAUUUUUUCCUGAUUUAUUUUCCUGUAUAUAAACUGAGUGGCUGUUAAAAGUUUGUUCUUGUUGAGUUUCUUUGGUAGGAAACAUAAUUUGGUGAAUAAAAAUCUGAAAUCCUA